AUGGCAGAAACUAACUGUAGCGGGUACUGGCGAGGAGGAUACAGACGGCGGGAGCAGGAUCUGUUUUACCUUCUGUGUAGCUGGCUGGUGUCGGUGGUGGUUGUAGAGAGAAGCGACGAUCAACAAGCUGCGCGAUUCUUUGAUGUACCCUGUGCACUGCAGCUUACCUGGGUCCUGAUUUAUGCGAUCACAACCCUUCACUCGGGGGAGGAGGGGUCCCCUUCUCUGAGGGCAUAUCCUCUCAUCUCCGUCAUCACCAGGCAGCCCUCCGUGGUCCCUCACCUCAUCCCAGCUGCCACCAGCUCCCGUGUGCUGCCAGCCCAGCCCUCCUCGGGGACUGCGAGCUCAGAGGCACCUGCCAGUGAGACCCAUGCCAGCAGCGAGUCGGAGGCAGAGCAGCCCGCACCUCGGUUAAAAAAGCCACGCCGGAGUAGGACCAUCUUCACGGAGCUCCAGCUGAUGGGCUUGGAGAAGAAAUUCCAGAAGCAGAAGUAUCUGUCUACCCCUGACAGGCUUGACUUAGCCCAGUCGUUGGGGCUGACUCAGCUCCAGGUGAAGACGUGGUACCAGAACCGUAGGAUGAAGUGGAAGAAAAUGGUGCUGAAGGGUGGACAGGAGGCUCCAACAAAGCCCAAAGGCCGUCCAAAGAAAAACUCCAUACCCACCUCGGAGGAGAUCGAAGCAGAAGAGAAAAUGAACAGCCAGGCUCAGAGUCAGGAGCUGGAGGGAUCUCAAGCCGCCGAGGAGCCUAAAUUGACAGAGGAGAAGCCAGAAGUCUCUUUGGAGACAGAGAAGUCUCCAGAACAUAUACCAGAGCCCUCCUCAGAGGAGACUACGCCAUUAAGUUAAAAGGGAAAGCAAGGAGGGAGAGGG